AUGGAACAAGGUUGCUUAGCCCACGAACUUCAGAACUCUGCACGCAAGUACUAUCGUUCUCUCUGUCUUCGUGGGAAAAGCCUUGAGCCUUAUACCACUCAAAACCAAAUCGAAACUUUGGUAACUCCAACCGAUCGAUUUGUAAUUCUUCAUCUUCAAAAUAAUCAAAAGCUGAAUUGUCCCAUCUUUCGAUUCCGUGAUGGGAUGUAUGUCGCAUGCGCUCCUCACUCUCAAAAAGAGCUUGUUAAUGUUAAACAGUUCUACACUUAUCUCAGAAAUACUUCUCAAAAAGUCAUUCAUAAUGAUGAUAACUUUCAAGAUUUAGUCGCAGCAACA